UUAAAGAAAACAUGAGGUUUGCUAGCAAAAUUCACGAGAUGAAGGAAGAUAAAUUAAGGGUUUAUCUCAUGUUUGCUUCACGCAAGGAGCUAUAUGGGGUUUGCUUCAUUGCGUGGCUUCAAAGACUUCAUUUUUAGAGUUUAUCCCCAACCCACCAUACUCCACCCCACCUCCCCAAACACAAAUAUCACCAAACCCUAAAAAACCCAUCCUCUCUUUCCCUUCAGAAAAACUGUAUUUGUGUGAUGUUUUCCGUGCCAUCGAGGUAAAUCUACAAGAAAAUGAGUGGAAACCCUAGUGGAAGUAACAACGGCGGUGGAGGCAGCAGCAGUGGAAGCAGUGGCGGUGGCAGUCCAUGUGGGGCAUGCAAGUUCUUGAGGAGGAAGUGUGUAGCUGGAUGCAUAUUUGCACCAUAUUUUGAUUCGGAACAAGGCGCAGCACACUUUGCAGCUGUCCAUAAAGUGUUUGGAGCCAGCAAUGUGUCGAAGCUUCUUCUGCAUGUUCCGGCAAAUAAGCGGCUCGAAGCGGUGGUUACGAUAUGUUACGAGGCUCAGGCGAGGCUUCGAGAUCCCGUCUACGGCUGUGUUUCCCACAUUUUCGCCCUUCAACAACAGGUGGUGAAUCUGCAGGCAGAGCUCUCUUACUUAAAAGCUCAUCUGGCGGCGCUGGAGCUCCCAACACCACUACCGCCACCUCCAACACUGCCGCAGCCACUAUUAAUACCAUCCGCAACCCUAUCUAUGUUCGACUUGCCUACAGCGCCACCAACCUAUGAUUUUUCAUCACUAUUUGAUCCAAUGGUGACAAUGCCGUCAAGGCAAAUUGAUCAUCAUCUGCUGGGUGCCACCAGAGCUCCGCCCGAGAUAUCAUCAUCGGCUGGUGGCGGAGGUGGAGGUGAUCUUCAAGAACUGGCUCGUGAACUACUGUACAGGUGUGGACCUCCAACUGUUGAAGCUUCAUCUUUGCCAAACCCCUCUAAAGACAACUUAUAACUAUGGUUAUAAAUUAUAAUAUUUGCCAGGUCGAAUUGAAAUACUAACUCAACCAUAUGUUAGUUUAUAUGAAUGUCAAGGAUUUUGUAUGGUUGAA